UAGCGACAGGUUUGGUUUGCUUUUUAACUAUAAUAUUUUCUUAUACAAUGCACAAAUAUAUAUUAAUGACAUGCUUUUAAACUUUUUAUGCUGUGGACAUAGUAAAAAGCAGUUAUAGAUAAUUUUUAAAAACGCUUCUAUAAUGCUAGAAAUUUUACUGAGUAGUAGUUUAUUCAUAAAAGUUGUUUUCUUUGUUUAAGAAAUGUUUUGAAAGUUAUUGUUUGUUACUAUUCUCAUUGGAUUUCUUAAUUUAAAUGAAAAGAAAAAUAAAACCUGCAAUUUGAACUCCGUUUUUUCAAUCCUAGGGAAACAUACAAAUAUACUUUUUUUUUUUAAUUAUGAAAAAAACUUCAAAGCCUUUUCUGAACUCUUUUUUCCCCUCCUUUUUUAUUACAGGUAUCUAUUUUUCAGGUAUAAUAAUCUUUUCAAACAAACAAAAAUGGAUUUUCUAAACACAUCUGAUCAAAACUUGACCUCAGAAGAACUGUUAAACAGAAUGCCAUCCAAAAUUCUGGUGUCCCUCACUCUCUCUGGGCUAGCACUGAUGACAACGACCAUUAACUCUCUGGUGAUUGCUGCCAUUAUCGUGACCCGGAAGCUGCACCACCCGGCCAACUAUUUGAUUUGUUCCCUUGCAGUCACAGAUUUUCUGGUAGCUGUCCUGGUGAUGCCCUUCAGCAUUGUGUACAUUGUGAGAGAGAGCUGGGUCAUGGGACAAGUGGCCUGUAACAUCUGGCUGAGUGUUGACAUUACUUGCUGCACGUGCUCCAUCUUGCAUCUCUCAGCUAUAGCCCUGGAUCGGUAUCGGGCGAUCACGGAUGCUGUCGAGUAUGCCAGGAAAAGAACUCCCAAGCAUGCUGGCAUUAUGAUUAUGGUAGUUUGGAUUAUAUCUAUUUUCAUCUCGAUGCCGCCUCUCUUCUGGAGGCACCAAGGAAGUAGCCGAGAUGAUGAGUGCAUCAUCAAACAUGACCACAUUGUUUCCACCAUUUAUUCAACAUUUGGGGCGUUCUACAUCCCACUAGCACUGAUUCUGAUCCUCUACUACAAGAUAUAUAAAGCAGCAAAGACAUUAUACCACAAGAGACGAGCAAGUAGGAUUGCAAAAGAGGAGAUGAAUGGCCAAGUCCUCUUGGAGAGUGGUGAGAAAAGCACUAGACUCGUCGCCACACCCUACGCGCUAGAGAAGUCUUUAUCAGAGCCAUCAACAGAUGUUGAUAAAACUCAUAGUGCAGUGAAAAGUCCUAAGUCUGAAUUCAAGCAUGAGAAAUCUUGGAGACGGCAAAAGAUCUCAGGCACAAGAGAACGCAAAGCGGCCACUACUCUGGGAUUAAUCUUGGGGGCAUUUGUAAUUUGUUGGCUUCCUUUUUUCGUAAAAGAAUUGGUUGUUAAUGUCUGUGAAAAAUGUAAAAUUUCUGAAGAAAUGUCAAAUUUUUUGACAUGGCUUGGAUAUCUCAAUUCGCUUAUAAAUCCACUGAUCUAUACAAUCUUUAAUGAAGACUUCAAGAAAGCAUUCCAAAAACUUGUGCGAUGUCGAUGUUAGUUUUAAGAAAGAUUAUCAUGAAAGAGUUGGUUUUUGUGUAUGGGGAGAUAACUGAAUGCUGAAUGAUAAAACAUUUAAACUUUUAAAAAGGAAUAUAUUAAAAUUAUUGACAUGAUAAGAAAAUAAUUUAUAUUUGAACAGCAACAUGAAUACAAAAUUUAUUCAUUUAAAGAUGUUUAUUUUGACCAUCAUCCUAGGGUACUCAGAAUUAGGAAAUAACUUUUAGCAGAUUACAGACAAUAUCUUCCUUAGGCAAUGUUCCUAAAUGGUUACUUGGAGGAAAAAAAAAAUA